UUUGCUGGCGAACGGGAAAUACGGGAUUGUUGACAAGCGCCGUUAGCCUUUAUUUCACCCACAAUCCACCUUCAUCUAUAUCUGUAAUGCAUCCAAACUGAACAAUAAGGUGAAAUCUCAGCGUCCAGAGCUCUCGCCCAGCAAGGGGGUCUGAGCAGUGGGAGAGGAAGGGGAUCUGGAGAGGCGAAAAAACGACGCCUUUUACCCUCAACCAGAGUCCCCCCCUGGGCGAAGUUUAGGAAGAACGCCACUGGAGGGGCUGGGCUUUCAUUUCCAUUUUUGAUACCAGCCGGAGAAACGGAUUUUCCCCCUUGUGUUUCGUCCUUGUGGUAUUGAUUUUACUGGAUUAGCGUCAUGGCUUGUGGAGCUACUUUAAAAAGGACUAUGGAUUUCGAUCCUUUGCUGAGCCCGGCGUCCCCGAAGAGGCGGAGGUGCACCCCGAUGUCCCCAGCGUCCAUGUCCGCCUCUCCCCCGCAGAAAUACCUGCGCAUGGAGCCCACACCGUUUGGGGAGGUGGCGUCCAGGCUCACCACAGAACAAAUCCUGCACAACAUCAAACAGGAGUACAAGCGCCUGCUGAAGGGGAGGCACCUGGAGAGCGGCUUCCAGCAGAGUGAGGCCUGCUGCAGCCUGGACUCCCAGCCCACAGCCUCCCUCCUGACCGGCUCCGCCCUCCCAGGCACGUCCUCCGGGGCCGCCUCUCCGUCCAGAAAAGAGCAGCCUCUGUUCACACUGAGGCAGGUGGGCAUGAUCUGCGAACGGCUGCUGAAGGAACGCGAGGACAAGGUGCGGGAGGAGUACGAGGAGAUGCUCACCUCCAAACUGGCAGAACAAUACGAUGCUUUCGUGAAGUUCACACAUGAUCAGCUGAUGCGGCGGUUUGGAGAGCAGCCUGCUAGUUAUGUUUCCUGAGUAAGAGCAGCUUGCUGUCUCACAGGACACCGGUUCCCCUCCGACCGCCGGAAGUCAACAAGCUGAAUCUCUGCAAGCGUUUCCAGAGACUCCGUUGAUCUAGUCCAGACUUGUAGCAGUGCCAUAUUUUCCCCGUGGGCUCAGGCUAUUUCAAGCUUUUGUCAGUGGUGACCACGUUCUCUUAAGCGACAGGGCUCUUCCCAGUGUUAACGCGUAUAUGGACCUCUGCUACCCAUUACUCUACCUGUGGCCUCCCACCUUUCAUUUGCUACCAUAACAGCCACUCGCCUUUUUUUUUUUUCCUCAAUCUCAAUUUUUCUAGACACCUGGCAUUCCAGAUUCAGUCACCAGUUUUUUUUAUUAUUAUUUGACUUGUGUAUUGUAAAGCAACUCUCAAAUGCCAUUUAAUUGUUGCAGGUCAGUCUGUGUGUGCAUGAGGGGGGAGAGAGGCUGGUGUGGUCAGAAGCCAGGAGCUUGCACAUGUCCCGGGUUUGUGUUUCUGUUCUGGACCCAGUGCGUUAGGCGUUGCCAUUCUUCGGGUUCAUGGUCAAUCUACACGUGUACAAGUGACAUAUGAGUGAUUCACAUAUAUGUUUUUUAUUUCUCAAGUUUUUAUUUAUUUUGAACAGAUUUUUUUUUCUUUUUUUGGGUCCUAGUAUAAUUUUACAGCCCAUUAAUGGACUUUAAGACAAAGUAAAUAAAGUUUGAAUGAAAACUUGUGAUGUCUGAAUUUCAAAAAUAAUCCCACACUGACAUGGGACUCAUUUAGUAUUUUUUUUUUUUGCCAGUAGUGCCCUCUCAUCUGUCUGUGACCAGACUGAUUCAGGUGCUUUGGACCAGCAGUUUCUUUUCUUCACUUGGGCAAGGGGGACUGGCUUUGGAUUGGCUCAGAGGCUCCAUGUGAUUCAUUGUGACUUAUCAGAGACCAAUCCACAUAGUUAGCAAACACAAUAUUAAGUGUGUUGCACUCAACUCAGUCAACUCUGUUAACUUGAUGUAUAACCAUGCUUAUCAGUUCUAUUAAUAAAAUGUGAAGUUUAGUCCAUUAAUAUGCAAUCGUUUAUCCAUGACUUCUACUGGAAUGUUUGGAGCAGUGAAAUGUGGGGAAAAAUCAGUCAUGUUUUCCUUGUCUGUGUCAGGGAUAUUUGUAAUUUAAUUUCCCUACAGCCCAAGUCUGUCCAGUGAGCGAUAGGC